GAUCUUGUCCAGAGUAAAUCUUCGGAAGGCAGACAGAUGAAUCCCCUUGCUGGAUAUCGAAACUAAGUCUUACAUAGUGUAUUCAUGUUCGUUCAUCAUUAAUGAAUCGUGACAUCUUUUAUCUAUACUAUACUAUAUUUGUUACUAUAUCCGUUAAUAAUAAAUAAAAAUUGAAUUCUGUAAACCUUUGUGAAUUACGGAUCGAAGGAACUACUAAGGAACUACUAAAGGAAUACACAAGUGAAAUACCGAUUUCACGUUUGUUCAUUAUUAAUGAAUCGUGACGCAUCUUUUGCCUCAAACGGUUACAUUUGUUCAUGAUUUGUACUUCAGUAGUAACUGAGUUACUACUAAAUACUUGUUUCCCCCUCAAAUGUUGCAAUAUUUCGAUAAUCAAUGGGGUGUUGCAUGAUUCAUAGAUGAUCAGAACCUUCUAUGUAUUUUCAUUUGCAAUUAAAAUGCAAAUGUUUAUUUCAAAUUUAUUUUAAUUGCGCCACCAAGCAUAAGAUUCGGUUGCGUUUUUGCGAAAAACAAGUAUAGUUGGUUUCGUUUUCUUCUCAGAUUGUGGUCACGAUUCCAGCCAAUAGAGUCUCGCGCUUGAGGUUCGGCCGAUCUCUCUGUCUAAAAAACAGAAGCAGUGAAUUCUGUAGUCUGUUGAUAAGGCUGAAUACCAUUGCCCAAACGGUGGUAAAAGGUUUUGUGAACCACGCAGGCACAAGGAGCAAGCAGAAUUAGCGAAAAUGGCACUCGAUGGAUGUUCCCAGUUGUGUAAAUGUAUUCUCAUUCUCGUCAAUAUCGUGUUGGGCCUUAUUGGCUUUGCAAUAAUGGCACUUGGAAUGUGGGUGAGAUUCAGCGCUCAGACAAGAGGAAUCUUCAAUGUUGAUCUGAACACGACAUCCUUUGUCAUUGUGGUGACCCUGUUGAUCGUUCUUGGCCUAUUAAUGAUGGUGAUCUCUGCAUUCGGGAACUAUGGAGCCUGUAAUGAGAGUAAAGGUGCCCUGACUGUGUUCGUCAUGCUGUUGAGCUUCCUGCUGACCUUCGCGAUUGCGGCUGGGACACUGGCUAUCGUGAAGAGCGAGGAGGUUGGAAAGCUGCUCUCAGAUGCAUACACAACCACAUACCUUCAGUAUGUCGACAAGGGCGGAGACCCCAGCAUGGCCAUUAUGCUGGAGUUCUUCCACAACAUGUUUGAUUGUUGUGGAAUUUUUGGAAAGGCUGUUGAACCCAUAGUCAGAGAAACGUGCCCCAAGAAGGGAUUUCUCGAAUCCUUCACUGUACCGGCAUGUCCUAAAGUCAUUGCCAGCAAAGAUUACAGAAGUCCUGCUUUUAUGGGAGGAUUCUUUGGAAUGUUGGCCUUGAUGCUAUUUGCGCUGGUUUGCAGCUGCGUCAUUCGCAAAGGGAUCUCAUCUUCAUCUGGUCCCCCUUACAUCCUUAUGUCCUCCACCACCUUCCAGCAAGAGAUACCUCAUGCUCAGCCUAAUUAUUAACUACAACCAACACCCAACUAAUCCCGUUUCUUUUUACUGUCUUCGGUUUUACUAGUGCUGGUCAAAUGAAGCCUCAGGAACCAUUUGCUGUAUUUUCUGACCCCACUCGAUGUUGCACUCUGUUAAAAAAAAAAAGGCACAAAGCAUGCCCAAAGCAAACCAAGAGCGCCAUCUAGUGGGAUCAGAAAAUACAGCAAAUGGUUCAUGAGGCUUCGUUUGGCCAUCGCUAGGCUUUAGUGUCUUUCCUUCAGCUGAUGUUGGCACUUUCGCCACAUAACCUGUUUUAUUCUGAGUAUGACGGUAAUCUCUUGAUUCAUUAGGCCAUUUUCCAAAAUUUUCUGAACGUUUAAUAGGAAUAUCUUGCUGUCUUUCUCUAUCGGGCACAGAGUAUGCGGGCAUUCAGAGUUUGGUCCCCUUUCCUUGUUUGCAUACCCACCAUUUCCCAGGUGUUUGCUGUGGUGUGCUGCAGCAUCCUCAUGAAUGGCAUUAAGCAUAGCCAGGCAAGGUUCCCCGUCUACUAGCUGAAUAUCUACUACGAACAAUUAAGACGUCGAAGCCCUGCAGCAUCAUUCCUGCCAGCCUUCACCAAGCCGCAGCCAACACCAGGACUUGUCCCCUGUCUGUUUCGUGGCCCUUCUUGUCUUUUUUUAUGUAGUUUGCAGUCAAAAAAAAAAAAGAGACGAAACGUCAAUAUUAUUCUGUUACAAACUGUGCCAGACUUGCCUGCUUAAAAUUGCUUGUACUUGCUGCAGAAUGACAUCAUCAAAACAUUGAGCUGAUGUCAUUUAACGUUUUCUGUAGCGCAGGAACAUGCCAGUGAAACAAGGGAGCAAGGAACUUAUAAGCUAGUAACCGAUGUGUUUUUACACAGCCGCCUAACUUUCCAGCUAUUAUCUCAUAGGCCGCAGUGUUGCUCGCGGGAACCUGAUGAGCCGCGCAGGGUCCAGUUAAGGUCUCCGUGGUUCUUAACCUCUGUUUGUGCAUGGCGGUCACUGUCAACCAGCUGUUCUGUGGCCGGACCGGAUCGAUGUGGAGAGCUCGAAACCCGCGGGGCUCUGCUUAGCUUUGUCGCGUAUGCUAGCGUGCUACCAUUAACCUGAGAUGUUGCCAAUUGUUUCUUUAAUAAUUAAAAUGGUGGUGUUUCCCCAA